AUGUGAGGCUGCGUCCUCGCCGGCGGCGCCUCCGCGAUCUCUUUUCGGUUGAACUGGAGACUGCGGUGCAGGCCGUUCCCCCGCCCCGGCCUCUCCACCCCCGACACCCGCCGCCUCCGUUUCCGCCCCCGGUGCACCACCUGCCGCCUCCGCCGCUCUGGGUGUCGUCGCACCCGCCGCCCAUGCCUGCAGCCAUGCCGCCCGUCCAGCCGCCCCCCAACGUCGACCUCAUGGAACUGGUCAGUCUCUAUCAACGCAGUCCGCAGGCCCAGUUCAUCCUGAUGGCCCUGGCCGAGCAACAGACACAACGGGCCCAGCAACCGCAGAAACACAAUGAACAGUUAAAAAUCAACACAUAUAUGGGUCCACCACCGCCAGUCCCGCCGUACAACAACCAGCCGCCGCCAGGAUACCCCCAAGAGUUCAACGGCCCUAUGCAGGCAGGGUCGCAGAGUUUUGCGCCAAUAGCUCCUGGACCUGGAGGACUCGCUUCAGCCAUCAGCAAUGGUCUCGCUGCGAACGGCUACAACGACAAUUACAGCAUUGGAGAAUUGACAGAACAGUUUGACGAACUGAGCGUGGAGCGAAAGAUGGCCAUGAAACGAAGUCCGCCCAGCACCUACAUGUGCCACUUGUGCUUCCAAAAGGGCCACUACAUCAAAGAUUGUCCGCAGGCUCUACCAAAAGGUGACGGUCUCACUCCAUACCAAGGAAAGAAAAGAUGCUUUGGGGAGUACAAAUGUCCCAAGUGCAAAAGGAAGUGGAUGUCCGGAAAUAGCUGGGCCAACAUGGGCCAAGAGUGCAUCAAAUGCAGAGUCAACGUCUUCCCACACAAGCAGAGGCCUUUAGAAAAGCCAGACGGGCUGGACGUGUCCGACCAGUCCAAAGUCCAUCCGCAACAUUUAUGCGAGAAGUGCAGAAAUUUAGGUUUCUACUGUCGCAGGGUUCAAUAAAUAAUUUUUUAUCACGAUAAAGAAAAUAAUAAUCAAAAUCCACCACUGAGCAGACUGGGUAGGUUUAAGACACGCUCUUAUUCAACAUGCAAAGUUUUUUUUCUCAACUGAUGUAAUUUUAUUUAUUGAUGCACGUUGAUAACUUUUGUGCGUACAUAGAUAAUGUUGUCGCUCAAUCAAUUUUUUUUCUUAAUCUGCACUUUUGUCUCCUGUGAUGCCGCGAAUCGCAAAAUGAUUUUGUUAUCUUUGUCUCUCUCACAAGCUCAGGGUUCGACUGAUAAAACAUGAGAUGUGUUUUGAAAUAUUGAAAAUGGAAGUCAGCUGCUUAAUCUGUAUAAAUUGUGCUGCGAAAUUAUCCACUUUGCGUAUGAGGUGGAUUUUAAAAGAAGUUUUAAUUCUCCGUGUGUUGCUAUUGAAAAAGAGGCACCUUAUCUCUAAUGAAUUAUGUAUAAUUUUGUUCUGCCAGUUGAUGAAAAAAAAAUUGUUUUUCAAUCACCUUUGCUCAACCUCCAAAACGCCUGUAACAAAACAAAAAUUUGUAACCAUAAACGUUCGCCGAAUCGCCCCCCAUUAUUUCUAAAACAUCUAUCUGUUUUGCUCGUUAUUAAUUGUUGGAAUUGCAGGUGCAACUUCUUAUCAUGUGCAAUAAAAAUAAUCUUUUGAUGAAA